AUGGGAAGUCAGCAGUUAUUUGCUGGCUUGAUUUGUAGCGAUCCAAAUCUUGCGGAAAAUUUCGUAUCUGUUAUCGGAACUGUACAGAAAUUCAAGUUAAGGGCUCUUUGGUCUCCUGAUCCUGAAAAAAGUAUUCAUAUAGCUGCGGAUUUUGACAUACCCUCGGUUUCUCAUACUGCAUAUCAGUUAAUGUGUAGACCUGAUACUAAUAUAGUUAUUGUUGCUGGUCAUCCUGCCCAUAACAUUGUUUAUUGCAUUCAGGCACAAGCAUUGAAAAAAGAAGUCAUUUGCAUAGGAUGUUUAGCAUUAUCGGUACGCAGUGCUCAGGUAUUGAACCAGUUCACAGAACACUUGGGGCUCUCCCCCGUUAAUAUCUUUUAUCCUCUGAAGUACUCUAAGCCGUUUUCUUUGCUUCGAUUGAAUGCCGAAAAAAUUGGCGUUUUGCACUGUAUUCACGUGGAAUUUUUUUUUAAAUAUUCCACGAAGGAAAGAGAUAGACUCAUGUAUGAUGCGCCUACUGUACUACAUUUAUACGGUCACGAGUUAAUUGACGCCGUGGCGUCUGUUUGCAAAACUGCACCACAGCGACAUGCAAUUACAUACCGUUGUAAGACGUCGGUAGUUCAACAUUUCCGGUUGAAAGAGCUUGAUUCUGCUCACAUACAAGUCGAAUAUGGGGACACUGUUGCUAAUUUUCGGAUCGCAUCAGCAAACUACGAUUUUUUUUCAUUGCAUGUUGAAGGUGCAAAUGGCACAUUAGAUCUCGACAUAAAUUACUUGAAACUUGCAUGUCAGGGACAGUGUUUGACUCUCUGGCAAGGUAAUGGUUCAUAUGAGUCAAUCUUUAAAGAUGGUUUACUUAAUGCAUUGUCAUGUUCUACUCCGAUUGAAAACAUUGACGAAGUCUCUUUGGUAAAUUGUAUUGGUGAUGAUUUUUUGUAA